GCUUGUCUCCUGUUCGCUAUCAUGGGCUCCUCACAGUCGACCGUAGGGCGUUCCAGGACGUCGCAAGUCGGGUCUUUGGACGAAAAGCUUAGUCAUUUCGAGGUCACGAUCAAGUCUACCGAACCUAUCUCGGAAGACGGUUCUAUCUCCCUCAAGAACGUCAAGCAAUGGGAGGGCGAAGCCGAGAAGGACCUCAAGGUCCAACUUGCGCGCACCAUUCUUGUCGAUACGGACUUCAAGUCCGCGCUUGCUUCACGUGAUGUUCGCGUUGCAGAUCCGCACGUCUUCAAUCUGCAGCUCGACUUUAAGACGGACCCGAUCACUGACCAGAAGUCAAGUGGGAGAUGUUGGCUAUUCGCAACAACAAACGUAAUUCGGCAUUCAGUUAUGCAGAAGCUCGGGUUGAAGGAAUUUCAACUGUCUCAGUCAUAUCUUUACUUUUGGGAUAAACUCAAUAAAUGUAAUUUCUACCUGGAACAAUCUAUUGACACGGCGGAUCUUCCACUGGAUGAUCGAGUGGUCGAUUUCUUAUCGGAUGACCUCAUCUCGGAUGGUGGUCAAUGGGACAUGGCAGUCAAUCUCCUUGAGACAUACGGUGUAGUCCCUCAACCUAUAUGCCCCGAAUCAUACUCGUCUUCAGCGUCUGGUAAUAUGAACAAACUCCUAAAGCUCAAGCUACGCGAGCACGCUCUAGUCCUACGUCGUCUCUUCGCAUCUCUUCGGGAGACCACAGCCCAGGAUGUACUGCUGAAGACGGUCCGGGCGAAGAAGGAAGACCUCAUGGCAGAGGUCUGGAGCAUUAUGACCGCGCUUCUCGGUGUCCCUCCUAUGCCCAAUAAUAGAUUUACAUGGGAUUAUUAUGAUAAGGACGGAAAGCCGAAGACAUGGUCGGGAACUCCGCUCGAAUUUUAUAAGGCAUUUGCUUCGAAGCAGUACCCGCCGUCCGAGUCCUUCUCACUUAUCAAUGACCCGCGCAAUGAGUACAAGAAGCUCUACACGGUUGAUAGGCUGGGAAACAUUGUGGGCGGUCGGCAAGUUCUCUAUGUCAACACCGAAAUCGGCGAUCUGAAGUCCACAAUUGUGAAGAUGCUCAAAGCCGGACAGCCUGUCUUCUUCGGAUGCGAUGUUAACCAGUUCUCCGAUAGCAAACCCGGGAUCAUGGAUACGGCUUUACACAAAUCUGCCCUCCAGAAUGCCUUUGGAAUCUCGUUAAAUCUUACGAAAGCUGAGCGAUUGCAGAUGAACGAAUCGGCUAUGACACACGCUAUGGUCAUCACAGGUGCACAUAUUGAUCCGUCUACGGGUAAAGCGACAAGGUAUAAAGUUGAGAACUCAUGGGGCGAUGGUAGAGGAGAGAAGGGCUAUUUCGUGAUGACAGACGCGUGGUUCGACGAGUUUGUAUACCAGAUUGUAGUUCCAAAGGCUUUAGCACCAAGUGAGCUUGUCAAGGUGUUUGAGAGUGGAGAGAAAAUUGUGCUGCCACCUUGGGAUCCAAUGGGCUCUUUGGCGUAGUUUUGGAUUUAUUUGGAAUAUAUACCAGUAUAAUCU